AUGGCACGGUCAUUGAAGGUGGCGGUGAUCGGAGCUGGGGUUUCUGGGCUUGUUGCCGCCCGUGAACUUGAAAGAGAAGGCCACCGAGUCGUAGUGUAUGAAAAAGCAAAUCGACUCGGUGGACCAUGGGUGUAUGACCCCCGAGUCGAGGACGAUCCACUCGGCCUCGAUCCUAAUAGAGAGAUUAUUCAUAGUAGCCUCUAUUUCUCACUUCGCACCAACACACCCAGACACGUUAUGGGCUACUCAGACUACCCAUUUACUUCUAAGCAGUAUGGCGAUUCUAGGAAUUUUCCCGGGCAUGAAGAAGUGCUAAAGUAUUUGGGUGAUUUUGCUAAAGAAUUUGGAAUCGGUGAGUUGAUACGGUUCAAUACUGAAGUGGUCCGAGUUGAACGGGUCGACUCGAGGAACGACGAGUGGGUUGUUGAGUCAAAAACGAGUGGACUGAGUUCGGAAGAAAUAUUUGAGGCAGUGAUGGUUUGCAGUGGUCAUUAUUCUGCAACUCGAGUGGCAAAUCUUCCAGGUACGUACGUUCACCGGGCGGAGCCACAUAGGAAUAGGAAUGAGGGUAUUGAGAAAUGGCCUGGAAAGCAAGUGCAUAGCCACAUUUAUCGUGUUCCUAAACCAUUUCAAGAUCAGAUAGUGGUAGUGAUCGGAAAUGGACCAAGUGCUCGUGAUAUAUCCAUAGAAAUUGCGACGGUGGNAGUAUUAAUCCACCUGAAAGAUUGUGUGGCAGUGAUCGGAAAUGGACCAAGUGCUCGUGAUAUAUCCAUAGAAAUUGCGACGGUGGCCAAAGAAGUUCAUCUUUCCUCAAGAUCUCCAAAUGUUAAAUGUUCAAAGCUGGGCAACCACGAAAAUAUGUGGCAGCAUUCCGAGGUUUUUCUUUUCUUUUCUUUUUUGAUAAUUGUAUAA